AUGUUGGACGUUAACGACUUCAUCGCCGAACGUGGCGGCAACCCCGAGAAGAUCCGAGAGUCGCAGCGCAAGCGACACGCGAACGUUGAGAUCGUGGACGAUAUCAUACAUGAUUUUGAGGAUCACAGGAAGACACAAUAUGCGGCGACGCAGAUCGGCAGCACCAUAAAUGGCCUCCAGAAGCAGGUGGGACAGAAGAAGAAGGCCAAGGAGAAUGCAGACGACCUGCUCAAAGAGAUGGCCGAUUUGAAGAAGCAAAAGGCUGCAAAGGAGGAUGAGGCAGCAGAGAAGCUCGCCAAACUGACAAUCAAGGUCAAGACCGUCGGUAACUACGUACACCCGGACGUCCCCGUGUCCGACAAUGAAGACAACAACGCCAUCCUCAAGACAUACUCGCCCGACGGCAAGAAGCCCGAAUUCAACGCAAACGGCAUCCCGCACCACGGCGUACUCGCACGGCUCAACGGCUACGACCCGGAGCGCGGCGUCAAGAUUGUCGGCCACCGCGGAUACUGCCUCAUAGGCUAUGGUCUCUUUCUCAACAUGGCGCUCAUCAACUACGGCCUCGAGUUCCUCUUCAACAAGGGCUACACACCCAACCAGCCGCCAUUUUUCAUGCUGCGCGACCAGAUGGCCAAGACUGCGCAACUCUCAGACUUCGACGAGGAGCUAUACAAGGUCACCGAGAGCAAGGACAAACCGGAGACGGAUAAGUACCUGAUUGCUACAUCUGAGCAGCCAAUUUCCGCACUGCAUUCGGAGGAGUGGCUCGGUACGGCGGAUCUGCCGAUCAAGUAUGCGGGAUAUUCGACCAACUUUCGAAAAGAGGCGGGCUCUCAUGGCAAGGAUGCCUGGGGUAUUUUCCGUAUUCACCAGUUCGAGAAGGUCGAGCAAUUCCUUAUCACAGAUCCUGAGAAGAGCUGGGAGGCGUUUGAGCAGAUGCUUGAGACGUCUGAGGAGUUCUACCAAAGCUUGGGAUUGUCGUACCAGGUUGUUGGCAUUGUGAGCGGCGCGCUGAACAACGCCGCCGCAAUGAAGCGCGACCUUGAGGCCUGGUUCCCCGUCACCGGCGGCGGUGAGUACAAGGAACUCGUCUCGUGCUCAAACUGCACAGACUACCAGACACGCGAGCUGGAAAUCCGCUAUGGCGUCAAAAAACAAACCUCCACCCGCAAAGAGUACGUCCAUGCCUUGAACGGCACCCUCACCGCCACCGAGCGCACUUUGUGCUGCCUGCUCGAGAACUUCCAGACGACCGAGGGUUUCAACGUGCCCAAGGUGCUGCAGAAAUACAUCCCUGGCCAGCCCGAGUUCCUGCCGUUCGUCAAAGAGUGGAGGCCCACCAAGGACGAGACCAAGAUUCCCGAGAGGCCGAAGGAGGCGAAAUAG